UCACGAAACGCAGUGGCGAGGAGACGCGUGGGGGAAGACGACGAGACGACCGCGACUUGGAGCACAGGCGACGAGGGGAGGCGCUGGAGACGACACGAGGGGAGGCGAUUGCGCAGAGCGAGCGUCGGACAGCGGACAGCGAGCAGGCCCGAGGCGGACGGCAGCAAUGAUUCCCUGCGGCUGGCUCAUCCUCUUCACCUGCCUGGUGCCCCUCGCCUCGGCAGAAGCGGCGCCGUGCGUCACUUCACCGCCGGGGUUCCAGGGCCACCCGGUGUCGGCCUCCAUGGAGGAGUUCCUCAUCUCGUCGGGCUGCGAAGCCGGGGACUCCGCGGGCUCCCACUCCUCGCCGAAGAUGCGGGCGGCGUGGGACACGCCGGGCACACGCAGCGUGCACGUCAUGAGCCUUGAGAGCGCCCCGGCAGACGGAGAGGUGACGGUUGACAUCAGCACCGAGGGUGGGGCCAGAGACUCGCUCCGGCCAAUGACACUCGUCCUGGCGUCGCCAGGUGACACCGCUUGGCGAAUCAAAACGGACGGCCUCACCGGGCUCCUCGACUGCAUUGUCCACGCCUCGGAGAGCGUGCAUGUGCAUGGGGCGUGCGUGCGCGUGUUUGAGCCCAGCCCUGUCGGCUCGGGCAAGGCCUUGCUGGACUGGAGUGUCAGACAUCUUGGUGCAGUCACAUCAUAUCGCCAUGCCGACCAGGCGAACCACUUCUACAUCCGGCUGAGUGCGGACCCCCCGCAGCUCGGCACGUGCUCGCCACGGGACGGCUUCCUCUCGCAGCGCUUCCUCGUCUCGCUGGAGAAGAGGCAGGAGGUCAGCGGCUGUCAGAGGUCGCCCAGGCCCCACACGGCACCCGACCUCCACCCCGGCCAGGAUGUCCACAUUGUGGAGGUGGAAGCACCAAGCAGCGGUCCUUUGACCGGCCUGCAGACGGACGUGCACGUGGAGGUGGACGUGGGGCCGCGUGGGGGCCAGGUGAUGCGGGAGGUCGUCUUGCUGCUGUACUGCCCGAUGCCUGUUAACUGGGUGAUCCACACCGCGGCUGGCCUGCCUCUGCUCACGGCACGCACGUCUGGCCGCGUCACCCACAAGCAGCUAAUGACGGUGCAGCGUAUACAAGGAGAGGAGCUCAUGGGCCCCAACCGCGACCUCAUUGGCUGGGCUCAGAGGCGGGGCCUGUCGCCCGUGGCAACCUACACGUUGGUCGCUCAGGCCAACCACAUCCGCCUGACCAUCCCUGCAGACCUGGAAUUGGCAGAUGUGCAGGUUGACAGAGUGCCUCUCCUCAAGUUCCAACCUCAAAAGGGAUUUAACAGAAACCCUCCACCCUCACCUGACCUCGAUGACCACACCCACAGCCCCGAUGGCGAAGGACUUCAAAUAAACAUCCCCGCCCACGCCUUCCCUGAUCUGGGAGACGUCAGGCUGUUUCCGUCCCAGCACGGCAAGGAGAUCUAUCCGUUGGAUGAGAAAAUGCUCUCCUCGUUCCCUUUGGGGCAAGAUAUUCUGUGGCCGGUGAACCCGUCGGAGAGAGACGGCUCUGACUCGGGAAACCCUCACAACCGUCCGCCGGGCCUGGGCAUGAAGCACGACAGCCACGGGGACGUGGUGCUGGAGAAGGAGGUGGAGAUGGGCGUGACCCUGCGCUGCCUGGAGACGAAGAUGACCGUGAGCGUGUGGAAGGAAGCGUCCAUUCUGGUGGGCGGCACUCCGCUGCGCCUGACGCUGCUGGACGAGCGGUGCGUGGCGAUGGAGAAUGAGACUCACUUCGUGCUGCACGACUACUACAACUGUAGCUCCAACUUCACCCUCAUGGACGGCCUCAUCUCCUACUCCAACCAGAUCCAAAUCAGGAUUAAUCCGGGCGACGUGCCCGAGUUUGAGGGCGAAGGAAUCCUGCGAACCGUCAACCUCAACUGCCCCCUACCUUUUAAUAAUUCGCCACCAAACCCGCACGGCGCUCUCGGUCACAUGGGAAUCAAUGAACAGACGGAGCCUGAAUUCUUGGACCGUUCGAUCUACUCGUUUGACCUGUUCAAGGACUCCGAGUUCAUGCAGCCCAUUACGGAUUUGGUGCAAACGGGAAGCGAUGUUUUUGUGAAGAUUUCCGCGCAGAUUCCGGGAGCGCAGAUUUUCGCGCAAGCGUGCUUCGUCUCGGAUUCCCGAAAACCUGCCGUGGGGUCACCAGCUUCAUCAGAAUCUGAGGAACCUGCACAGCUACCCCCAGAGGCCGACUCGCUGAUUGCCAACUUCUGUCCUGUGAACCCACGCGUGGAGCUUCUGAGGGUCGCCCCGGCCGGUGAAGCUCCCUGCCCCGGGCCGCGCUGCCCCCAGUGCGCAGCUUAG